AAGCGCCGCGUCGUUACCGCACGUCUGACGAAGAUCCCGAAAUUCAGGUUCCGAGGGUCUGAAUCGGCGGGUUAGGGAAUGUUUCGCAAUAGUUGAAAGCUACCUAGUCAAUAUGAAUGUUCUCGUGAAAGCCGUGUGCCUCCUGUUGAUCGUGUUCCUCAUCAGAGUGACAGCUCAGUUCAGUCGGGAUCGCGAUGCGUUCGACGACAUCCGAGAUAAAUACUAUAGAGUUUCGCAGCAAAAUUGCAAGAUCCAGGACAUCAACGAGCUGUUCUUGCCUAAUGAUACCGUCACUCACGUCCCGAAUAUCAAGCGACUCAACAUCGAUCCCGUGUUUCCGAAUAGGACAAACCUUCUGCACAUUCAUAACAUGGCCAUUAGCAAAGCAUUUUUCCUCAGUUUCAUUCUCCAACGCGCCAAGGAUAAUGACGAGCCUGGCUUCAUGUACUACUUCAUGUCGGUGAUAUCGGACGUCGCAGCCAAUAGAUUCAUCAACGCUUCGGCUAUAUACUAUGCCCCAAACAUGUCUUUCACUCCUUCCUACAAAGGUUUCUUCAAUAAGACAAUGCCUCUGUUCGCUCCACGGGCAUUCCGGUCGGACGAUUUCAAUGAUCCGUACCACUUAGAAGGAACGUCAACGCUGAAUACGAUCGAAGCAACUGAUCUCGGAGCGAUCCCUCCGGAUUCACCUUCGCUCAAUUAUUCGAGCGACCAGUACCGAAUAAACGAAUGGUACUCGUCCUGGCUGCCGGAUCUGACCAAACGUCAGGAUUCCAAGACGACUUAUACGGUGCAGAUCACAGACUUUUUUGGAAACAACGACACGUUCGUCUGGCACGGACCCCCCGCUGCCAACGACAAUCCGGGACCAGUGAAAUGGGUCAGACCCUAUUUCGAUUGCGGCAGGUCGGACAAAUGGGUAUAUGGCGCUACCUCACCGAUCCCGGACAUUUACCCGCGUCAUACGCAGUGGCGGCAUAUCGAGAUCCCCCGUUAUGUAGCCGUUUCCGUUAUGGAGCUCGAUUUCGAGAGGAUCGACAUCAAUCAAUGUCCCUUCGGUCCCGGUAACCCGCGACCAAACUAUUUCGCCGGCACAUCGAGAUGCAAAAACGAAACGACAGAUUGCGAGCCUGUUCACGGAUACGGCUUUCGUCGAGGAGGAUACCAAUGCAGAUGUAAACCGGGCUACAGAAGACCCAAAAUAGUCCGCAAUCCCUAUCACGGAGAACUCAUCGAAAAAGCAUCUGAAUACGAGUACGAACACGGCUACAGCUGCGACAAGAUCGGCUACAUCGGAGUUCUGACUCAGAAUGUCAAUAAGGUACCGGAACACAAGCGUUGGGAACUCAUCGGACGUUUUGCGAACUACAUGGCAAUAGACGGAAUCAGUAACGGCACUCGGAUCGAUCCCCUGUCGAUGCUGAAGAGGAUGAAGAGCGUGCGAGCUCAGAAUUGCGCCCAAAUCCGUGCUGCUCACCCCGACGCCCUGCGCAUGGGCGGAGAUGUCGUGUACGGCAAGGAAGUUCAACUGGAGAACGAGGCCCGAAUGGCCGUGCGCUUGGCCAACUUCAUAUCAGGUUUCAUGCAGAUUGUCGAUCCCAAGGACCUGUUCGCUGAGUUCAGAGUCCCAGACAAACCCCUGACCGCUGAUCAGAUGAUCGGUGAGGUGAUGUCGAUCGUUAUCGGCGACCAGAAAGUUGUCGGAGCCGGAGUCUACUUCGACUACAAGGCCUUCACCGACCGAAACUAUUUCGGUCCUUACGCGUGGCGUCUAGGACGGAACGAGCGGAAGUAUUUCGUGGAUGACACCGGUCGUUUCGCCAACUCCAACGGAGAUCGAGAUUAUCUGAAUAAGGAGUGGUUCCAGCUGCUGAGGACCAAGUGGAGUGCUAACUUGGACGAUCUCACUACAUAUACCACGAAAAUUCAGAUCCGUUACAAUUCCUCCGGUCAUUCGGCAAUCAAAUACGAUCACUACCCGCUGCAGUACAAGGCAGCUGAUGUGAAAGAUGGCUAUUGGACCUCUCCGUAUUUUGAUUGCGGUGGGUACCACAAUUCCUGGAUAGUUACCUACGCCGUCCCGUUCUUCGGCUGGGACAGCCUACGAGCUCGACUCCAAUUCAAGGGCGUCGUUGCUGUCAACAUUGAGCUCGACCAAUUGGAAAUCAACCAGUGCCCGGACUACUCGAAGUUUCCGGAGAACAAUGCUUUCGAGAACACUCACAAGUGCGAGAGGAAAUCUUCGAGGUGCGUCCCGAUUCUGGGCCGUGGUUUCGAUCAAGGCGGCUACAAAUGCGAGUGCCUCCAAGGCUAUGAGUAUCCGUACAAUGACCCGAUCACCUACUUCGACGGUCAGAUAGUCGAAGCCGAGUUCGAGAAGCUCGUCGAGGACAGGCCCAGCCGUUUCGAACGCAUGAAAUGUCGCUUGGCGGGAGCUUCCGUGGACACUGCCAGUAUAGUCGUUACCAUUAUCGGAAUUGUCAUAUCCACGUUGACGAUCAUUCGUGCGAGAUAGGGGCCCCGUUGAGAAAUUGACUCAAGUUCAAGUCCGUGCCGUAGAGAGGAUUGAAUUCACUCCAUCGACUGCCAUGGAAGCUGGCGUCGCGUCGGCAGCUGCCCAACACAA